ACUUGGCAGAUGAACAUAUAUUAACAGAAAGAGCUCGAUUAUGAUAAAAAAGAGUGAAAGUAAGGAUUUAAAUAUUGGAAUAGGGACAGGGAUACAGGUUGCAGUCUUGUCGAUUCGAUCAUAACCUGAUUCGGAAGGCGAAGCAGCGGAGAGCCGGAAGAUGAAAAUUUUCAGUUUAGUGCACAGAGUGAGAGAACCUGAAGACGAAGCAAGUUUCUUCGUUUCGAUAAUGUUACUAACCCUCUCCGUCGAAGUAGGAAUAUGUGGAGGCUAAGGAUCUGGACUCCAUCUUUCAUCUCUGUCCCUCCCCCUCCCACGAGUCACGAGCUCAACCCCAUCUUACCUCCCGACAAUAUCCGUUGAUGAUAGACGAUACAAAUUCGUAGCCACAGAUCAUAUCCCUUUCUGUAAUGUUUAAAAUUAUGAUUAACAGGAACCCCAAAUAUAGCCAUUGAAUCCCUAAAACAACUCUCCUCCACAAGAGUAAACAGCACAUUCCUAACUCAUCUUCCCCCUUCCCCUGCAAAUUUAGUUUUACUUCCCAGCUUGAACCCCUAAGGCCUCAUUUCUGUUGAGACCUGAGAGGAAGCAGGGAAGUAAAUCAAGUUUUUCUCUCUCUGCCCUUUCUCGGCUUCUCCCAUUGGAAGGAAAGUAGUACUAAGAAGAAAUUAACACAAUGGGAGGAGCAUCGGUAUUGCCAAUAUUCAUACUUCUCUUCGUUUCCUCAUCAUCUCUCCUGUCAGAAGGGAUGCUCAACGAAAACUACUAUCAGAAGUCAUGCCCGCAAAUGGAGAAAAUCAUUCAGGAGGUCGUCACCACCAAGCAGAUCGCUAGCCCAACCACAGCCGCCGCCACUGUCCGCCUCUUUUUCCACGACUGUAUGAUCGAGGGUUGUGACGCCUCCAUUUUCAUCAGCUCCACCGCCUCCAACAAGGCCGAGCGCGACAAUGUCCACAAUGUUAACCUCGCCGGCGACGCCUUCGAUGUGGUCGUCCGGGCCAAAACCGCCCUCGAGCUCGCCUGCCCUGGCAUCGUCUCCUGCUCUGACAUUAUAGCCGUCGCCACCCGCAACCUCAUCAGCAUGGUCGGAGGCCCUUUGUACAAGGUCCGCCUAGGCCGCAAGGACGGCUUCGUCUCUAAGUCCUCACGUGUCAAUAUCAUAAAUUCAACCGCCACCGUCUCCGAGCAGAUCAAAUACUUCGCCGUCAGGGGAUUCACGAUCCAGGAAAUGGUCGCCCUCCUCGGUGCCCACACCAUCGGCUUCGCCCACUGCAAGGAAUUUGCCCCACGCAUCUUCAACAACAGCAAAACCUCCCCGAUCGACCCUUUAUUAAACCCGAAGUUCGCCGGUAGCCUGCAGAACGCCUGCAAGAAUUACCAGAAUAACCCAAACAUGGCCAUCUUCCUCGACGUGGUUUCACCAGGGAGGUUCGACAACAAUUUCUUCAAGAACAUGCCCAAGGGAAUGACGCUGCUCAAGUCGGAUAAUCUUUUGAUUCAGGACCCAAGAACGAAGCCCUUCGUGUUGAAGUACGCAGCCGACCAGGCCGUCUUCUACAAGGACUUCUCAGCUGCCAUGGAAAAGCUCAGUGUGUUCGGCACCAAGACCGGUCGCAAUGGAGAGGUGCGACGGCGAUGCGAUUCCUUCAACAACGUUAAGGCUUAGAUGCUUUGAAUAGGUUGAAUAUUGGUUCUACGUGACGGAAACACAUAACAAUCAUCAAUUAUCAGAGUUCUUCCUUGAUGUGACCACUUUGAAAUAGACGAUCCGUUUAACACUAUAUUAUAUGAUCAAUUUGAUCGGUCGACCCAAUUUAUUC